CCAACGUACACGUAUAAACCACCACGACGAUGCAGCGACGGUGGUGUCUCACGGAGAUGCUGCUUCUCGCGAUCUGCGUCCUCUUGCUGCAUGCAGGCUCCAUUGUGGCACUUCACCAAACACCGAGGCGGCAUCUCGGCGCGAGCGAUGGCGCGAAUGUCUCCACGACUCUGCAUAGCCUCGGACGAGUGAUUUUUCCUGUGGACGAUGAGCCGUCGAGGGCGAGUUCAAACUCCACCGUGGUCGAUUCGUCAUCUCCGAAUUCGACCUUGACCUUCCCGCAGUCUCCUUCGCCAACUGUUGCCCCACCCACAACCACCCCGAUCCCAACGCUAAAUGUGAACGAAACCCAUGGCGUCCCUGGCAACCCCACCGACGUGUUGGCCGUCGCGUCCGACGCACAAGCGCAAGUGUCGUGGAAGGCGCCAGACGACGACGGCGAAGACCCGAUCGUAGAGUACGAAGUCGUGUGCUUGGUCGUGGACACCAACACGCCGUUGCCGCGGGCGAUCCACGUGGCAAGUCAGCAGGGAAGCAGCUCCGCGCCCACGAAUGUGCUGGUGCCAGACUUGCAGAACGGGGUCACGUACGCAUUCAAGGUGCGCGCGAAGAAUAUUCACGGGUACUCUACGUGGUCGGCCAAGUCCCAACCGGUGAGCCCUCUGCACCCUCCAGACAUGUGCACGAGCCUGUCGUGUUCAGGGAAUGGGGCGUGCUUUCCGCAGUACAACCCCAUCCAGCAACCAAGCCAAGCCAACAUGACAUCAUCAGCACCCGGAAGCAAAGACUCUGGCAUGUGCGUGUGCAAACCAGGGUAUUUGGCCCCCGAUUGCAGUCGUGCGGACGAUUUGAUCGUCGGAACAUGGGAAGUUACGCCGUGGACCGCAUGCUCCAACGGAUGCGGCGGUGGCACGCGCACUCGCAAAGCGACGUGUGUGCAUAUCAAGACGGGGGCGUUGUUGGACGCGAGCGCGUGCGCGUCGUCGCACAUGCCUGCGCUGUCGUACAUUUGCAACGGCUUUGCAUGCGGCUCCAAGCUCAUCGAAGUGUCGUACGAGAUUGAAAUGUUCUUUGACGAUGUUGUGUUUUCCGCCGACAGCGAGCGUGCGUUCGUGGUGGCCUUCACGACUGAAGUGGCGUCGGCGCUGCAACUACCGCCGUCCCGCCUGGACGUGGUGAGUGUCCGGCGCGGCAGCAUCCACGUCGAGCUGUACUUGUUGCCGCCAACCCAAGCAGGCGAAAAGUCGCUGAAUGAGGUCGUAGCCGACUUGCAAAGCCAAGUGAACGACAAGGCCAGUGUACUACGCACCCAAGGCACGUUUUGCCGACGCGUGUACCCGUCCGGGGUCAAGAUGAGCUUUUUCAUCGCCGAACAGCACGGCGCCGCCGAAGCCGAAGACAUUUCGAUCGGCGGACUGGUCGGCACCCUCGCCGUGUCGGUCGGGUUUGUCGCGGCGUUCGCGUACUGCCUCCGCAAGCGCCACGAGCGUCUGACGAAAUUCAAAGCCGACAAACACAUGGGCGGCUCGGACCACUCCAAGAUGAAACCCAUGGGCAUUCGAACCAUGUCGUAGAUAGAUUGAGACAAUGUAUUUAUUUUCGG